AUGACUCAGUCACAAGAAGAGCUAUUGGCCGCUCAUCUUGACCAACACAAGAUUGAUCAUGAUGAACCUGUGAUUGAAGAAGACGAUGAUGAUGAGGAUGAUGAUGACGUGGAUGAAGAUGAUGCUGAAGGUCAAGAAGACGGCAGUGGCAAGACAAAGCAAAGCCGAAGUGAGAAGAAGAGCCGCAAGGCAAUGCUCAAACUUGGAAUGAAACCCAUUCUUGGGGUCACCCGAGUCACCAUUAAGAAGAGUAAAAAUAUCCUUUUCGUCAUCUCGAAGCCUGACAUUUUCAAAAGCCCAAAUUCGGACACAUACGUCGUUUUUGGCGAAGCAAAGAUUGAGGAUUUGAGCUCACAAUUGCAAACUCAAGCUGCAGAGCAAUUCAAGGCUCCUCACUUAAAUCAUGCUGCACCAAAGACCGAGCCAUCUGUUUUAGCCCAGGAUGAUGACGAGGAUGUGGACGAGAGUGGAGUCGAGCCAAAGGAUAUUGAGCUCGUGAUGACUCAGGCUGGGGUUUCCCGAGCCAGGGCAGUCAAAGCUCUCAAGCAAUCAGAUGGAGAUAUUGUCUCUGCAAUCAUGGAUCUUACCAAUUAG